AUGGCGUUGGAGGUGACUGAAGAGAUGGUAGUCAGAGAGGGGCCAGGUCUGGGAUGUACGGUGGGUGAGGCAAGAUUGUCCAGCCGUAUCCGUUCAGCUUUGGCUCUGGAGAAGAGACAUGGGAACCAGCGUUAUCAUGCUGAAAGUAAACUUUUGCAUUUUUCCCCAAAACAUUACCUUUUUUCGUGUAUUUCACGUUUUGGCACGUCAGCUGGCUCGAGCGAGUCCGUUUCGAUCUACCGCCCGGCAAACCGCUCACUCUCUUUUUGUCUGCGUCUCUCAGCCGGGGGUCCCCGUCGCCGAUCUCGAUCGAUUCACUUCAUAAUGCCCCGUUGCCGGUCCGACGCAUAUUCCAACGGAACCACCGCUAGGGGCUGCACUGGGGAAGGGACCGAAAGGACCAAGAAGGGAUAAGGUGAGUUGAGAAAGAAUUUCAAGACGCAAACUGACUUAUUUCCAGGUUUCUAUCACGGAUUUUCUAUCACGCUGAUAAUAUAUUGGAAUGGAUGAUCGACGCAACAAAGAGAAGAUUAGAGACUCGACUGCACCAAAGUCAGGUGCGUAAUUCAACUACUUCUCGCUCGAAUUAAUGCACCUCUUUGUUCACCAAAUUGAGAGAUUUCGAGUUCCGAGCUUCCACAAUCAAUGUGUGUUCUCAUUUCAAUAAUUACUAGAGACAUUUUUAGACGGAAACAUCCUUUAUUACAGAGAACUUCCGCGUAGGAUUUAUUUGACAAGGCGCUAUUAUCGGAUAUAUGUCAUAUAUUGAGGGCUGCGAUGAUCUAAAUUAUUAGGAGCAACCAAAUACAUCGAGGUUAGUAUGACUUAAUACAUUAUAGCCAGAAAAGAACGUCCCGGGCUGUGUGGAAGCAAGAAGGAGGACACAACGAGUGAGCAUUUCUUGUUGCUAGCAAAAUACAGACAAUUCAUAUUUCAGAACAAGACUGGAGUCCUACUCGGAAGAAUCUCGAAUUAUUUAUUUGACUCAAAGCGUUGUUGUCGGACAUAUUUGGAAUGUUGACGGCUGCGAUGAUCUCAAUUAUUUCACCGUAAUAGCGUGA